GCAGACACAGUACAGGAGAUGACCAGAGACUGCGGACACAGUACAGGAGAUGACCAGAGACUGCGGACACAGUACAGGAGAUGACCAGAGACUGCGGACACAGUACAGGGAUGACCAGAGACUGCGGACAUAGUACAGGAGAUGACCAGAGACUGAGGACACAGUACAGGAGAUGACCAGAGACUGUGGACACAGUACAGGGGAUGACUAGAGACUGCAGACACAGUACAGGAGAUGACCAGAGACUGCGGACACAGUACAGGGGGUCCCCGGGCACCGGAUCACGGUGCUGCGCGCUCCCAGGGAGCGCACACAAGCAGGGAGCAGGAAGGACAUUUAUAAACGGCCACCAGCCCCUGCACUGCUCCCGUCUGACCAUUUAUAUACAGGGGCCAGACAGG